AUGGGCUCCCCGGAGGACGCGGGCAAGGCGCCGGCGUACCGAGUAGACCACCUGCUGAGCGCGGUGGAGAGCGAGCUGCAGGCGGGCAGCGAGAAGGGAGACCCGACGGAGCGCGAGCUGCGCGUGGCGCUGGAGGACGGCGAGCUGUGGCUGCGCUUUAAGGAGCUCACCAACGAGAUGAUCGUCACCAAGAACGGCAGGAGGAUGUUCCCGGUGCUGAAGGUGAGCGUGUCGGGGCUGGACCCCAACGCCAUGUACUCCUUCCUGCUGGACUUCGUGGCGGCAGACGGGCACCGCUGGAAGUACGUGAAUGGCGAGUGGGUGCCGGGCGGCAAGCCGGAGCCGCAGGCGCCCAGCUGCGUCUACAUCCACCCCGACUCGCCCAACUUUGGUGCCCACUGGAUGAAGGCGCCCGUCUCCUUCAGCAAGGUCAAGCUCACCAACAAGCUCAACGGCGGAGGGCAGAUCAUGCUGAACUCCCUGCACAAGUACGAGCCCCGCAUCCACAUCGUGCGGGUGGGCGGCCCGCAGCGGAUGAUCACCAGCCAUUCCUUCCCCGAGACCCAGUUCAUCGCUGUGACGGCGUACCAGAACGAGGAGAUCACAGCUUUAAAAAUUAAAUACAAUCCAUUUGCGAAGGCAUUUCUUGAUGCAAAGGAAAGAAAUGAUCACAAAGAAAUGAUGGAGGAAGUGGGAGACAACCAGCAGUCUGGAUACUCGCAGUUAGGUAGUUGGCUUAUUCCUGGGACUGGGGCUCUGUGCCCACCUGCCAAUCCUCAUCCUCAGUUUGGAGCAGCCCUGUCUCUCUCCCCUGCUCACAGCUGUGAAAGGUACUCACCGCUGAGGAAUCACCGUUCUGCCCCCUACCCCAAUCCCUACACCCAUAGAAACAACUCACCAACAGCUUAUGCUGAUAACUCCUCUGCCUGCCUUCCCAUGCUCCAGUCCCAUGACAACUGGUCCUCUCUGGGAGUUCCCACACACACCACUAUGCUGCCCAUGAGCCACAGCACUGGCACUGCUACCAGCUCCAGUCAGUACCCGAACUUAUGGUCUGUGAGUAACAGCACCAUCACCCCAGCAUCUCAGUCAGGCGGGAUGUCCAACGGCCUGAGCUCCCAGUUCCUGCGCAGCUCUCCGGUGCACUACACCGCUCUCCCACAUUCCGUCACUGCCACCACCUCCACAUCCCCACUGUACGAUGGAGGAGCACCUGCAGACCUUCCUGACAGCCAGUACGAUGCCUCCGCACACAGUCGGCUGGCAUCCAUGUGGACGCCCAUCACCCCACCUUCCAUGUAAACCCAGACGUCUACUUUAGAACUGACUUUUUUAGCUACUGAAUUACUUUUAAUGCUUAAUCCUCAAGGAAGAGGAAGAGGAGACAUGAAGGAAAUUAUAGAUAAAGCAUCUGCACUGCUUUGCAUAGAGCAUCCAAGUUGUGUCUCUGAUAGUGAACAGACCAUCAUUAACUUCAUGCAGAGUUUACAAAUCUGGUGAGCGUGCAAUUCUGAGAGCAGGUCUACUGCUUUUCAUUUUUUUUUUUUUUUUUUUUCCUA